UGACCAUUCUGACUGUGAUAUCUUAUAGGUUAUAUUUUGUUUAAAAAUAUUUUUAAAAUUAUCUCGCAUGUUGUUAUUUAUUUAAAAUGUUUAGAACUCCUAUACUAAGAUGUAUCAAACAGCUACACUUACUAGAAAACACGAUAAAAACAACUGUCGUACAUACUUCCAGCUUUCAACUACAAACAACUUCCCUUUAUAAACAUGGAGAAAAACCAGAAUUAACAGAAAAUAAGCCUUCUAACAGUGAACAUAACUUUUUAGUAAAAUUAAAAUCAGAUCCUGAUACGUUCGGAACGCAACAACAAGAAGAUACUUUAGUAGAAGAUGAUGUCAAAGAAGAGAAGUAUUUUACUGAAAAACCUCUAAGAUCUCAAAAGCUAAGCACCAAACGGUAUGCAGAUAUAAUUAAGGAUCUAAUCAAUAAGAGAAAGAUUAAAGAGGCCAUAGAUGUUGUAGAGGUUCGAAUGUUAAAGGAGGACAGAGUGAAACCUGAAAAUUAUAUAUACAACUUGCUGCUAGGAGCCUGUGGACGAGUGGGUUAUACAAAGAAAGCUUUUAUGUUGUACAAUGACAUGAAAAAACGUGGAUUAAAAAUCACAGCUGGUACUUACACAGCUCUAUUUAAUGCAUGUGCAAACAGUCCGUGGCCUCUGACAGACGGACUGAACAGAGCUACUAAAUUAAGAGAAAUCAUGAUAGAGAAAGGCUACCAACCUAAUGAUACUAACUACAAUGUUAUGAUUAAAGCUUUUGGAAGAUGUGGAGAUCUUCCUAUGGCAUUUUCUUUGGUAGAUGAAAUGAUUUCAAAAAAAAUUCGUCUUAGAGAUGACACCAUAAAUUUCCUUUUACAAUCUUGUAUCAGUGACAAAGAAGUUGGAUUCAGACACGCUUUGCUUGUUUGGAGAAAACUAGUGGAUAAAAAUAUUAAACCCAGUAUAUAUACUUUUAAUUUGUUAUUGCGAUGUGUACGAGAUUGUAAUUUGGGAGACGUGGAAACAACAAAAGAUGUUAUUGAUACUAUUUGCAAACAUCGAAAAAUGAUCGAAGCACCAAAUAUUAAGCAGCUGGAGGAAGGCAAUACAAGAAUACCACCACCACCAUUUCAAGACAUACAAACAACAGAAUCUACAAGCUCCAAUCAAAGUCAAACAGUUCAAGUUCAAAAUUCACCAGUCAGUACUGUAAAUUCCAGGCCGAACCUUCUAGCAAAAAUUCCCCAUUUAGGCAAUAUAAUCAGUCUUACCGAAGUGAAAGAACCUGAGCAUCGUCUUCUGCUGUUAGGCGGAUGUCGAGGAUUCUUAGAAGAAAUCGAAAAUCGUGGAUGUUCACCAGAUAUUAAAACAUUUACUCAAUUAUUAGACUGUAUUCCAGAUACUGUGGCUGCCGAGCAAGAACUUUUGAUCGCAAUGAGGAAGUUUAACAUUAAACCGGAUCUAGAUUUUUUCAAUAUGCUGAUAAAGAAGAGAAAUAUGAGAUCUGAUAAUAAUGCGGCAAAGGACGUUUUGAAGUUGAUAAAGAAAAACGGCUACAGACCCGAUUUGAUUACUUAUGGAGUUUUGGCGAUAGGUUGCAAAACUGAGGACGACUGUGUUCAACUCGUAAGCGAAAUGAAGGAUGCGUGUUAUACCUUAAAUACAGAAAUCCUGGGAGCUAUGUUAUACCAAGCUUGCUAUCAAAUGAACAUUACAUACGUGAUGUACAUCAUGGACUUAUGUUCGACAGAAAAUGUUCCCCAAUAAGAAAAUUUAUAGAGAAAUUAUCAGAAUUUAAAGCAAAUCUUUAUAAACCGAACAUAGAAAAGACGACAUCUUUUAUAAAAAAUAAAGCACUGUUUAAAAUCCGAUACAAACGAUUUAUAAACGAAGUUAAGGUCGAUGAUUCUGAGAAUGUACAUCCAUGGCAACAGUUCAGAGAAAUCAAUGAGAACGACCACAAGUACAAGCCGAAAGAUACAGCUAGAUUUAAGCCGAGACGGCAAUCUUUGUUUAAGAUUAAAACAUCAACUAAAGUUAGACAUAAAAAAUAGUUUCUGGCAUGUUAAUUUUGUAAAAUAAAUUUUUAUAGCAAG